GUGGUCAACCCGGAAGUUUGCGUCGUGCGUCUCCGUAUGUCAACAUCUGUCGGCUGCGCGUUCAUUUAGCAGGAGGCCACCCGACGCUGAUUUCUAGUUUGUGUCCAGAUAUUAGCGCUAAUAUCAGGAGCGAUGGCUCAGCAAGAGUGCAGCCUGAAGGCGCAGCUUAAGGAGAAAGAAAAAGAGAUCGCCGCUCUCAAGAGUAAACUGGCGCAGCUCGAAAAGAGCCACGCCUCAGUGCUGGAGCUCCAGGACAAAGUGACACCGCUCAGUCCCCUAUCAGCCAAACCAGCGCUCAGCAACGAGGAGAUCAUGCGGUACAGCAGACAGCUCCUCUUGCCUGAGCUCGGUGUAAAAGGUCAGCUGAGCUUAUCCAAGACAUCGGUGCUGAUCGUGGGCUGCGGAGGUCUUGGUUGCCCACUCGCCCAGUAUCUAGCAGCAGCAGGCAUCGGGCGUCUUGGCCUGCUGGACUAUGAUGAAGUGGAGCUCAGCAACCUCCACAGGCAGGUUCUUCAUGGGGAAGAGACCCGGGGCCAGGCUAAGGCUUUGUCUGCCGCUAGGGCAGUUAAAAGGCUAAAUUCUUCCGUGGAGUGUAUUCCCUACCAUCUCCAGCUCUCCCCAGAGAACGCCUUGCAGCUCAUUCAACAAUAUGAAAUAGUGGCUGACUGUUCCGACAAUGUUCCCACCCGUUAUCUGGUGAAUGACGCCUGCGUGCUCAGCGGAAAACCUUUGGUGUCGGCGAGUGCUUUGCGAAUGGAGGGGCAGUUGACUGUGUAUAACUACCGCGGAGGCCCCUGCUACAGAUGUUUAUACCCACUUCCUCCACCCGCAGAGACUGUAACCAACUGUUCUGAUGGAGGGGUGUUAGGAGUGGUUCCAGGUAUAAUGGGCUGCUUCCAAGCUUUAGAGGUUCUCAAAAUUGCCUCUGGGCAAGGUUCUUCCUGCGGUCAGCAGCUGCUGAUGUUUGACGCUCAGGAUUUCAGAUUCAGGUCCAUCAGGCUGCGGCCCAAGCAGGCCGACUGUGCGGUGUGUGGAGAAAGCCCCAGUGUGACGCAGCUGGUUGACUACGAGGCUUUCUGUGGGUCUGCUGCCACAGAUAAGUGUCGAAAGCUGAACCUCCUGUCCAAAGAUCAGAGGAUCACAGUGCAGGAAUAUAAAUCGAUAGUGGAUAACUCGGGACUUCAUAUCUUACUUGAUGUCCGCCCUCUUGUGGAAGUGGAUAUAUGCCACCUGCCCUUCUCUCUCAAUAUCCCCCUCUCCAGUUUAGAGCAGAGGAGGAGUGAAGAUAUCCAGUUACUCCAGCAAAGAAUCAUCCAACUGAAGCAGCAGAUGGCAGGUGACCGCCAGCCGCCAGUUUAUGUCAUCUGCAAGCUGGGUAAUGACUCUCAGAAGGCAGUGCAGGUUUUGGAAAAGAUGAGCGGAUCAGAACUGGACAGCAUCACGGUGAAGGACGUCUGCGGAGGACUUAUGGCCUGGGCAGCAAAGAUUGAUCCAACAUUUCCACAGUAUUAAUUAUUUGUUUAUAAUAAACUAAUACAUUUUCC